CUCCGUCAGCAUCCAGACGGAGCUGGCUCUGCAGCAGCUGAAGGAGAACCACCAGAAGGAGAUUCAGCAGCUUCAGAUCCAGCUGGAGACUCAGGGGAACUACUAUGAGAGGCAGCUGGACAUGAUGAAGCAGAACAUGGAGGUGGAGAGGAAGGACAUCUCCCAGGCCUUCAAGCUGGAGAUCAGUGAGCUGGAGGAGCAGAAGGUCCAGCUGGAGCAGCAGGUGAAGCAGCUGAAGGAGACGGUGGCCAAACUGCAGGUCCAGGUCCAGCAGGGUGGAGGGAGGGGCGGCGAGGUGGAGCGCAGGAUGCAGCGGGAGCGCGCCGAGCUGGAGCAGAACUACGCCACAGAGAUCAGCAACCUGGUCCAGAAGCUGAGCGGCGAGAAGGAGCAGCUGGAGGCGGAGCUAAAGCUCAGGAUGGACCAGGAGCUGAUGCGCGUCAGGAAGGAGAGCCAGAAUCGACAGGCCGAGGUUCGGCGCCGCCUCCUCCAGGAGAGGAAGAACCUGAAGGAGCAGCUCUGCAGCCUCCAGGAGGCCCAGGCUGGACUGGAGGAGGUUCUGGAAGCUUCCAGGACCAGGUGUUCGGACCUGGAGAACCGGCUGGAGGAGAGCAUCAUCUCCAGGGAUUCUCUAGAGGUUCUGAAAAGACGUCUGGUCUCUGAGAGGAGCUGCAUGCAGGAGGAGCUGCAGCAAGUGAGGGAGGAGGGGGCGGAGCUCCAGCUUCAGGUGGAGCGUCUGAGGGCGGAGCUUAGAGAGCGAAGCUCCUCCCCCACCCUGCAGACAGUCGCCUUCCUCAGGGCUGAGCUGGAGAAGCUUCAGGAGGUUCUGAGGAGCAGAACGGAGUCCAUUUCCAGACUGACGGCUGAACUGGACUCCCUAAAGACGGACCGGGACCGGCUGACCCAGGAACGGGACCGGCUGACCCAGGAACGGUACCGGCUGACCCAGGACCUGAAAGAGCAGGCCGUGGUCGUGGACACACUGCAGCUCCAGCUGGACCAGAGGAGGAGCACUGAGGCUGCACUGCAGGAGGAGCAGAACCGGGCCUCACAUCUCCGGUCCAGUCUGCUGGAGGAGCAGGAGGAGGUGAGCCGCCUGAACCAGGAGAACAGAACCUACAUGCGUCUGGUGGACCAGCUGUCUGCUCAGAUCGUGGAGAUGGAGGAGGAGAUCUCCUCCCUGAGGGAGCACCUCCGAGGCCUCAGCCAACAGCUCAACGGCACCGCCGACCUGGUUCUGGACCUGCGCCGCCAGCUCAACUCCAGAACCAGCCAGGCGGAGAGGCUGCGGGUGGAGGCUGCAGACGGGACCUCGGAGCAGGUGGUGCUUCUGCAGCGGGCCCUGCAGAACUCUCAGAACCAGCUGAGCAGCACCAAGGAGGACUUUGAGCGCCAGAAGGGGAGGCUGGCCCAGCAGCUGAUGGAGCUGGAGAACCUGGUUCUGGACCUGGAGGACGGGUCCGAGGCGGCCGGUCCUCACAGGACUCAGCUGGAGGAGGUCCGAUCGGAAAACGCAGCUCUGCAGGAACGGCUGAAGGUUCUGCAGCAGGAGGUCCAGAACCUGGAGGACGAGGCUGAGAAGAAAAGGAGGAGGCUGCAGGAGGUGGAGCUGGACCGGGAGCGGAGCAGAGAGGAGGAGGAGCGUCUGCACAGAGAGAACUCCAGCUACCGGGAGGAGGUUCUGGAGCUGAGCAGCAGGAACCUGCAGCUCAGCAGCGAGAACGGUGAGCUCAGCAGCCGUCUCCAUGGAGAGCAGGAGUCUGUCCGGAUGCUGCAGGAGCGCCUGGCAACGGUUACUAAGAAGCAAGAGGAGGAGGGAGCUGCAGUGCAGCAGCUGCAGGAGGAGCUGAUCUCCUUCAGGGAGAAGCUGGGCAGCCAAUCACAGCAGGAGGCGGAGCUUAGAGGGCUGAUGAUGAAGCUGCAGAAGGUGGAGCAGGAGAAGCAGGAGCUGCAGAGGGAAACGGAGAACCGGAACCAACAGGUGGAGCAGCUGCAGCAGCAGGUGGUGUCUCUGCAGGCGGAGGCAGAGCUGCUGCGCUCCCAGCUGCUCGCCUCCACCCAGGACAAACUAGGCCACGCCCAGGAGGUGACCCAGCUCCACAGGAAGCUGCGUGAGGCGCUCAGUAAGGUGGAGGAGAUGCAAGCAGACGUCAGGAGGCUGAUGGAGGAGAAGGAGGAGCUUCAGCAGAACCUCCAAGAUGAGACCCGGAGACUCCUGGUCCAGAACCAGGAGCUCCGACAGCAGGUCCAGGAAGUUCAGCAGCAGCAGAAGCUCAGGUCCAGAUUAGAAGCGGCGACGGCUCGGGCGCACGCCCAGGACCAGGAGAAGGAGCAGCAGCUGGAGGACGAGGUGAAGCUGAGGAGAACCCAGCUCAGCAUGAAGCAGGAACAGUUCGACAAGGCCACGGCGGCGCUGCAGCGGCGGGCGGACCAGCUGGAGGUCCAGCUGAAGGCUCUGCGUCUGGUUCUGCAGGACAAGGUCCAGGAGCUGAAGGAGCAGGUGGAGAAGAACGUCCAGAGCAGCGGCCUGCUGAAGGACCUGUACCUGGAGAACGCCCAGCUGAUGAAGGCGCUGCAGGUGACCGAGCGCCGCCAGAAGCAGGCGGAGAAGAAGAACCGCACGCUGGAGGAUAAGGUCGGCGCUCUGAACCAGCUGCUGAAGGAAGUGGUGGCCACCGUCCUCUCCACCUGAGGGCGCCGGCCAAUCAGGAUGGGCGGGUUCUGCUGCCCGACCCAAACCAGCCUUAUUGUUUGUAGAAAAUCUGAUUAUUUCUAAUAAAACUUUUUAAUUAAA